GGAGUCACUAUUAGGUGCAACCAGAUCCAAUACAGGUUAACACACAGAAAAUCUUGGAGUUGACACAAUGGAAGAAACUUGGUCAUGUAUUCCCACUCUUCUUAUAUGGAUGAUUAUGAAACGUUUGCAAUUUAUCGACAAUCUGCACUUAUCUGCCGUUUGUAAGCAUUGGCUGAACGCCUUCCAUAAUUUCCCAAAAGAACAAAUCCCAACAAUGUCUUGUUCUAAUUUUCCGUGGCUGAUGAUCACUAAGGAUCAUCGUGGAAGCGAGAGGGAGUUUUUCAGUCCAUGGACUAAAACCAAAUUCACUGUUGAUCUUCCAGAAUUUGCCAAGACCAUUGUCAUACAGUCAAAAAAUGGUUGGGUGCUCCUAUUGACAUGUCACUGUUGUAAGCAAGUCCCUCGGGUGUUCUUGCUAAACCCCUUUACUCGAGUGAAACUCGAGAUGCCAAGGUUGCCUCGAUUAUUCAGUGCAUACAUGCCAUCAGGAAUUUCCAUGCUUGAGGGUACUCCCAAUUGUGUAGCCCUUGUUGAUCUUUGUCUCGCAAUUGCCCACCCGGGUGACAAUGCUUGGAAAUUUUUCACCAUUCCCUUAGAAAUUGGUCAACCUAUGUUUUUUCAACCUGUGUUUUUUGUAGACCGUUAUUUGUAUCUUAUUUCCAACCAUGAAUGGGUACUUCGUUUCAACACGAUUGAUUUCACCAUGACUAACGGUUUCAAGGGAAGGAAAUUUAAUCAGUUUGGAAUUGAAGGAAUGGGUUCGUACUUCCUACAAUGCAACAAGGAGAUCAUAAGGGUUUGUUCAGCAACUUCAACUGGCCGCUUGAUGCCUUACGGCCAUUUUUCCAUGAAUUCUUUUGCGGAUGCAGCAUGGGCUUUUUAUAAGUACAGCUUUUCGAAAGCAGCAUGGGAAGCGUUGGACGAUGAUGAGAUUCGAGGAAAAAGUUGGUUUCUGUCGAAUUGCGGGGCUAAAUUUGCAUCAGCUGCAGAGGGGACUGCAGUCGAGAGAGUUCACUUCCUCUCCAAGUUCUCGAGGAGAGCAAGUUACUGUUUGUUUAGUUGCGAUCUUAAUUCGCCUGGGAAGGAUGCUCACAGUUAUUUCGGCAAUCUUAGUAGGAAAAGCACAGUUUGGAUCAAUAUGGAGUGAUAUAUCUCAUCACCCAUAUUUGUUUUCGUUCAUUGCUGUUCAUUUGACAAGGUUGUGAUGAGAUUUCAUUUAGAUGCCAUCUGAAAUUUAUAAACCUUACUUCCG